AGUAGAGGUCUGUUUGUUCUGAAUUUAUAAAUAAAGAAAUGAAUGCUAUAUUUCAUCACUAUAGGUACAGCGACAUCGUAAGUUAAGGGCUGUCCUACUUAAAUGUCUAGAGUUACGAAGUUUAUGCGGCAUUACGAGGCUGAGGCUCUUUCCCAGCUGGCUCUCCUUAGUCUCAUCUCAAUCUAUACAAACACUUCUGGAAUAGUUCCACCUUUCUUUUCGGGAAAUAAUGGGCUGCUACUUGUCGAAACCUCCUGGAAAAGAGUCGCAUAAUGGAAACGCUCUGCAGGAAGGUCCCCAGCCUGGCGCCGAAAUAGGUUUACCCCAGCCAUACCAGGACCCCAGAUCGAUCGAUCAAGACAAUAACUUCCCCCUCGAUGAACGCGACAUCGCCUCUGUCUCUGCUGAGGAACUUCUAUCGGGUUUCUUGACGGCGCCUCAACUUCAUCACUAUGGCGCUGUCACAGUAUCACGUAUAUCCAAGCAUCUUGUCAUCAAAGGUGGUCCCGGCGUAGCAAAAAGCGAGGCGGAAAACAUGAAGUUCGCCUUUGAAGCGCUGCAGCUUCCAGUCCCCAGGGAUGCCAAAUUCCAAGGUCCAUGGUUCACAGACUAUGGUGCAGGGCCUUUUGACACUUUGGGAGAACUUGAAGACUGGUGCAAUCACAAAAUCGAUGUCUGCGUCAUGGUUAAACAACUGCCACCUGGAACGCCAAGAUUCGAAUUCAAAGAUAUAGUUCUUACCCACCAAGAUCUGGCGCCGAGAAAUUUAGUACUCGACAAAGAUAUGAAGUUAUGGGUCCUCGACUGGGGGUGCGCUGGCGUAUACCCGAAAGGGUUUGAACAAGCAGCGCUGCAGGUUCAGGCAUGGAACAAGGAGUAUGCUGAAAUGGUGCUGGGGAAGCUUUCAGACCACCAGUCUAUAGUGAUUGAACAACUUGCGGAUAUCGCGUAUGGGCUUUCAACCGGUCGCGCUCUUUGA